AUGCAGCAGCCCCGACCAACCCCUUUCGUGCCUCCUGCGCCUGUAGGCAUCCCGCUCGCGGCGGUGCAGAGUCUCGUGCCCCAGCUGGCGACGGCGAUCAACGACAUCGACAUGCUUAAGGCGCAGCUGAGUGCGGGGAAUGCGAACUCUACAUUUCCUAACUGGGACGACCUCUUGCAGCGCUACACCCUCCUCCUCUCCCGUGUCCAGUCUCUGACUAAGUUCAUCUCGGCCCCUCCCCCAAAGGGCACCGAUCCCGCCCUCGCACACUACCUCGUCCACCCCCUCCGCGCCUUACCUCCCGACUCCGAGCAGCUUGCCCAAGACGUCCUCUUCCAGGCGAUCAACACCCAGGCGCUAGCCCUCGACUCUCCCGCUACCGUGUCGACGGGGAUGCUUGGUCUCGACACGCUGAAGGGACUCGACGACGGUGCGCUCCAGCGGUGUACGGACCGCCUCAAAGCCCGACUGGGACGGGAGAGCGAACGGGCACGCGCGAUGGCGCGCGAGAUUGAACGCCGAGGCGAAGAGUACGACUGGGCGUACCGCCCCGGGGAGGAGGAGGAGGAGGACGAGAAGGACGAGGAUGAGGAUGAGGAGGACUUAUUUGGAGAUGAGGAGGAUGAGGAGGAGAAGAAGAUGAAGGGGGAGGCGCUCGCUCCGAACCCACGAGCAGGGUGGAGCAUCACGGAUUACCUCACCUUCCUAGAGAAUGGGACUGUGCCCAAGGGCAAGGAUUCCGAGUCCGCGGGGGAAGGAGCAGCCCCGGCGCUGGGAACAGGCCCCCCGACGACGGUGGUGUAG